GGUUCUGGGAUGGUAGCAGCCUGUGUCACUCAGGCUGCUAUGAGUUUUAAAAACCUGAUUUCUGAGGAUUAGGCCAUUACUGAUUGAUUGCUCUGCUAAGUAAGUAGGCAUAUGCUUACUCACAGAGUACCAAUUUUUAGCCCUAUGCUCCACAGAAAGAGGAACAGCAACAGCAACAAAGCCCUCUACGCCUUUGGUCAGCAAAAACAUACAACGCAAUGCAGAAGGACCGUAAGCUUACCGAAAUAUGAUUACAAGAGAUAAGCAAGUAUGAAAUUGGUAGCGUAACAUAGAUUAAAUUCCCAUGAGGAUAUGUAACCAAAACCAAGAAACAUUUUCCAGAAAAAGUUGAGAUCCAUAAUCCUAACAAGAAAAACGUUUCUGAGAAGAAGGGUGGGAGGAAGAGGGAGAGGAAGGAGAGAGAAAAUCUUGAAUCAGCCCUCAUGACCACCCCAGAUAAUUAUCAGGUUGCAUAAAGAAGAACUUACAUUUUAAAAUAUGAGCUUGAAAAUACUGCAUGUUUUUUUCCUGGUAACUCCUCUACAGAUACACAUGGUUGCAGAUGUGUUGGUAUUUAUUAAAAUUUAAAUAUCUUACAAAAAUAGAUUUAUCUGGCAUCAGAACCUUUUAAUUUUUUCCUUUUGACUCUUUUUUUUUUUUUUUUGGAUGCUUGUCUUUUUGGUCUCAGUUGUUAAUACUACUUAUGAAUCUCAACUUUUUGGAUUACAAAAGUUUUUUUCUGGACUGAACUGACCUGGAUAUACAACAUGCACAACAGCACUGCUGAAGCUGAUGGGAACAUAAUGGUACCAUGUAACGGGACUUCAUCCCCACAGCCGGAGACCUCAGAAUUUUCCAUGGGCGUCUUGGUACUCCUGGCUCUGCUUAUGGUGCUGCUAGCUCUGGUCACAGUCCUUGGAAACGUCCUGGUGAUCCUUGCUUUCAUCAUGGACAGAAAUCUCAGGCAUCGGAGCAACUAUUUCUUUCUCAAUCUUGCUAUUUCUGACUUUGCAGUGGGUGCAUUCUGCAUACCACUGUACAUCCCUUAUGCCCUGACAGGGACCUGGUACUUUGGAAGAGGCCUUUGCAAGCUCUGGCUAGCUAUGGACUAUCUCAUGUGCACAGCUUCAGUGUUUAACAUUGUCCUUAUCAGCUACGACCGUUUCCUGUCAGUUACAAAGGCUGUAUCUUACAGAGUCCAGCGGGGAAUAAUGUCCAACCCUGUUGUCAAGAUGGUGGCCAUCUGGGUCUUUGCCUUCCUCCUCUACUGCCCAGCAAUUCUCUUGUGGGAACGUGUGUCUGGCUACAGCACGGUGCAGGAAGGGCAGUGCCACGCUGAGUUCUUCGACAACUGGUACUUCCUCCUUUGUGCAUCCACCCUGGAGUUCUUUGUGCCGCUGCUCUCAGUCACCUAUUUCAACGUGCACAUCUUCCACAACAUCCAGAGGCGCCAGAGGCGCGGCAGCAUUCAGGACUCUGAGGCUCCAAGGAGCAGCAGCUCGUCCUGGAGAUCUUGCUUCUUGCCAAGGCCUGAUGUGUCAUCUUCGUUGGAAGUGGAGGACAGUGUUUCAUCAUUAACGAGGUCGUUGAGACCAUCACUGGUUUCUACCUGCCCAUCUCCACCACCAAUGAGUCCCACGCCUCUCAAAAAGGACUUCUCUGCUUCUUUCCGCACAAAUGCUGGGUCAAAACUGCAAAGAGACAAAAAAAUUGCAAAGUCGCUUGCCAUAAUUGUUUGUGUCUUUGCCAUUUGCUGGGCACCAUAUACCUUACUAAUGAUUAUUCGUGGGGCCUGCCAAGGUCGGUGCAUUCAUAGAACCCUGUAUGAAAUUACCUUUUGGCUUUUAUGGCUCAAUUCCUCUCUGAACCCAUUUCUUUACCCACUCUGUCACAUGAGGUUUCGAAUGGCCUUUAUGAAAAUAUUGUGUCCCCAAAAGUUUGCAAAGUUGAGAUCACCUUCUAUUUAGAGAGUUGAAGUAAAUAAUUUACAAAUAAGGUUUGUCUCCAUUUAGUGAUUUUUUUAUAGGUAUCUUCAACAGAAACAGAGAAAAUAUUUUGUUGGCUAGGGACAUUGGUUGAGUGCAGUAGAGGCAUGUACUUGCUCUGAUUUGCUAGUUUUCAGAUUUUUUUUGUUUGUUUAUAUGGUUCAUGCAAGGCUAAACAACAUCUAAUGCAAAGAAUUACUUGGUUUUUGCUGGAUGUUCUUCCUGGUUUGUGGGUAUGAUGUGCUCUUUUUUUUUUAUUUCUUUGCUUUUUUAAAGUGCUAUUAAGAAAAAACUCUUCUAUGGAUAUCUCCACAGACAUUCACUGGAGGGAGAUACCUCUUUUUGUAUGUGCUGAGUAAAACUUUUAUAUCCAAUUUGUGAAUCUGAAGCUAUCAGUGAAAAAACAUUUCUGCUAUAUUUUUGAAAGGUCAUGUAAAAUCCUCACAGGAGCAGUAUCACUUCCUUUAAAAAAGUGUUAUGAAGACAACAUAGUGCUCUGUAGUGGUUAUGUUUACCAGGCUGGGCAAUAUGCAAGUGAACAGACUGCCUAAUCUGGCAUAUCUGUCCUUUUCUAAUUAUAAUAUUGUCCAUAUUUGAUGUUGCAGGACAUCAUACACGUAAGUUAGUAACUCUGGAUCUUCUAGAAAAUGAACGUUUCCAUGGUAAUGAUUUUUUGAGAUUGUUUAUCAAAAUUGUAACAGACAUAAACAGUUGUUGCUCUUUUCUCCUGAUAGUGGCUUCCUCUUUGGUCAAGCUUCAAUGACUUUUAGUGCCAGAUUCCUGCAUUAUUAGAUUACCUAAAAGAUAGGCCAGUCCUGGGCACCCGAUCACAUUGCUGUUGAAUUAGCAGAGCAAGCACUACAAAGUUCGUGCUGGAUUUGUGAUUUUGACUGGCUGCAUGAGAACAGACAAUACCCUCUCGGGUGGAAAGGUUUGCAAGUACAAAGAUAUUCCAUCAAAAUGACUGGGACAAAUUUGAACUGACAGAGUGAUUUUUAUUCUAGAUCAGUUCUUUUGUGCCAUGUUACUGUGAUGAUAUGUGGAUUUUCUCUGCCACUGAACCAGCAUCAAGCUGGAUUUUCUCUAUAGCUGAGCAAGGGCCAUAUUACUGCUUGAGAAUAGGGUUCACAGAGAUCUGUCUGAAAGCUGACACAGAAGUGUCUUAAGCAGCUAUUAACAAACUGUGGGUGAAUAGGCAGUGCUGGAAAGAGCAGGUAAUGUGUUGGAGAGGGUAAUGGAGUUUGACUCUAACCCAUUCCACAUGUCAAAUUUUCUUACCUUAUGUUUGGUGUUGGAAGUUGCACAAGGCUUUCACAGAUAGGUAAGUGAGAGUUACUGGUUAUUUUUUUCUCUUCAUGUGUGUAUACACACAAAUGUAUAAAUUAAGGAAAUAGGAAUUGAAUGCACAGAAUAAUGAAGAUUUAAGUAGUCUUCUUUUAAAAUAAAUAUCUAAUUUGAAAUGGGCUGUAGAGGUGUUGCAAAACCAGAGGACUCAUUUGUAAGCACAAUUCAAAUGCAUGUAAACAGCUCAAACAUAGCACAGAAGUUAAUUUUAUUUUUAUUUUUAAAUCAUAUUCAGUUUAGAGAUCUAGAGCUGAAGACUUCUCUUGACAGUUUUCAUGGUGGCAGAGGAUUGUAUUUCACAACUUAUUAUGCUUCCUUCCCUUACAUAAGUAGUAGUAUGCAUUGUGAGCCUGAUUGCAAAGAGAGAAACAGCUUCAGGAGGUCAUUGAUUCAGCACAGCAGUUUUCACUGUUAUGAGCUAAGGUGCUGGCAUAGAUUUCUGUAGGAUGUGCUUUUUCUGUAAGGCUUUAAAAAAAACAAACACAAAACACCCACACAUACACAUUUGAAACAUUUACAGAAUAGCUAGUGUACUAAAUAAACAUCUGUUCAACAGAGAAACUGUAGGCGGGCCCAAGCUGGGAAAGACUUGAAUUGUCUGCUUUUGUAUCUUUAUGCUUUCAGUAUAAAAGAACGUUGUGCAAGAAAACGGUUUGCAUUUUAUGACUAAAUGUAUUGAUUACUUUGAAAGAAUAGCCUUACACAAUUAUUGAGUAGGUAAAAUGGAUCCACACUGUAGUACUGGAAAAGAAGAGUUUUUCAGGGAGAGAGCAUAGUGUGCAGCAAACUUGAAACCUCAGAGUACUGAAGUUACUAGCGAUCAAUGUUUUUGAUGUUCUGUAUUACACCCACAGUGUUCAAACCAUUUUGUCACACCACCCCUGUUUGUUUGGAGAGUUCAUUUUAUUUUUCUAAUUGCUCUACUGCUCCCAGGUCAACUCAAAUGCUCAGCUGGUAUUCUCACAACGUUAAAGAUGUCUUGCUCAAAAUGGCAUCCCAGGUCUUCCCCUCUCUAGUAGACCUGUUUCAGGCUUCUGCUAAUAUGCUUAUUCAGUAUUUUUUCUUGUGCAUGCCUUUUGUGCACUGACACAAAUGUACCUUCCUUGCCAAGUUUGUUUUUCUAAGCAAAAUCUCCCUAUCCAUCCAUCACUCAUCCAUUUCCUCAUUUCAUGCCCUUGCACUUUUUCCUGUCUUUGCAGAUGUCCAAUAGCUACUGUAAAUACACUGUGAUCAUAGGCUUAUGACUGUGAGGUUCAACUCAAACUGCAACAGCAUUUUUCUAAAUUUACCCUCUCAUGUCUUAAAAAAAAUAAAAAAUAAAAAAAAAAAAGUGCAUGU